AUGCAGUUUUUUUAUUCAAGUAAAGACAAGGUUUCCAAGCAGCCCGCAGAUGAAGCUGCUACUUCCACUCCAUCCGAAGCCGCAGACGCAAGUGCGGCAUCGAACGAAAAGCCCGCCAAAGAACAAGAGGAUUUCUCCAAGUAUUUCCAAGGCUUGAACCUCAUUGACGUUCAAAGUGACGAAAAAGAAGCUGUCAAUUCGCGUGCGCUUGCCAGAUGGGAGGAAGACUUCCGUGCGCAGCCAAAGAACGUGCUUUCGCAGAAUGUGUUUGCCCAGACUGCAAUUGACCAGAUAAUCGCCAAGUCGAACCCUGCUGCUAAAUUGAAGGACAGAUUUUUGUUCAACACCACUGUUGAAACGAUUGGCUCGACUUCGUUUUUCAAUAACCAAAAGUCUUCCGGAAGAUGCUGGAUCUUUGCCGCUUCCAACUUGUUUAGAACGGCGGUGAUCAAGAACUACAAUUUGAAAGACGACGAGUUUCAAGUUUCUCAAAGCUACGUCUUUUUUUACGACAAGUUGGAAAAAGCAAACUUUUUUUUGGAGCAGAUUCACGAGACCGCUGCAGAGCCCUUGGAUUCUAGACUAGUGCAGUACUUGUUGGCGGGACCCGUGGGAGAUGGCGGUCAAUGGGACAUGAUUAUCAAUGUGGUUUCAAAGUAUGGGUUGGUGCCAUACGAGGCGUUCCCAGACAAUAGCCAGUCAACCAACUCAUCCAAGUUGAACUACAUUGUUACGGAAAAGUUGAGAGAAUUUGCCAUCAAGAUUAGAGAGUUGGUUGCGAAAAAGGCUCCCGAGGGAGUCAUUCGUGAUUUCAAGGUGGCUGCAGUGCAAACCGUCUACAAGAUCUUGGCCUUGACUAUUGGACAGCCUCCCAAACCAACCGACCUGUUUGUUUGGGAAUUUGCAAACAAGGACGGCGAGCACAAGCACUUCAAGACUGAUCCGUUGGACUUUUACAAAACCCACGUCAAAUUAGAUGCUGCCAACCACUUUUCGUUGAUUAACGACCCAAGAAACCCCUUUGACAAGUUGUACACCGUUGAUAGGUUGGGCAACGUUUACGGAGGCAAACCCAUCGAGUAUGUCAACACCGAGAUUGAAGAGAUCAAAACUGUUGCUAUCAAGAUGUUGAAGGAUAACGAGCCCAUCUUUUUCGGUUCCGACGUGGGCAAGUUUGGCGACAACACCACGGGUGUUUUGGACUCAACCGCAUACGACUAUGAAUCUGCUUUUGAUUUCAAAUUGGAAAACAACAAGGCGGACAGAUUGAGAGUCGGCUCGUCGCUAAUGACGCACGCCAUGGUGAUAACCGGGGUUCACAUUGACCCGGAGACCAAGAAGCCCAUCAGAUGGAAGAUUGAAAACUCGUGGGGCGACCAAACUGGAAACAAAGGCUGGUACUUGAUGACAGACGAAUGGUUCAAUGAGUAUGUUUACCAGAUUGUCACCACUAAGAAGUAUGCUAGUAAGAAGACUUUUGACGUUUGGAAAUCAAAAGAGUUUAGCACUUUGCCCUACUACGAUCCCAUGGGUUCAUUGGCAUAA